AGCCUGUUGGGUCGCAGUUAUUUUCGCGUAUCACAGAGGAAUAUUUUUCUUAUUAUUCGUUACUUAAAGUAUUCAAGGUGUCGGUGUCAAGUAGUGUCUUACCGGGCGCCAUAACCAUGAAGAUUUUGGCUGCUGAGGGACCUGACAUAACUCCCAUAGAAUCCUCUGGCGAAUGGCACAGCGCAACGUUUUGGGUUCUUGUAGUAGGUGCGGCUUUGUUAGCGGUGAUAUUAGCCGCCGUCGCAUGCUGGGUGGCUCGGAGGAGGUCUUCGCUUGCUCACAAACUUGGUGGAAAGCGAGGCCCCGACAAAGCGCUGGUGUUCCAGCCACCCCGUCGUGCGACAGCUGUUCGAUCGCCUGGCUCAGCUACACACUACUUACGCAAGUCGCCUUCGCCAACCGCCGCUGUCCCGCCGCAACCGCAACCCACGUCUCCCCCACGUCCUCAUACACCCAACCCGCCGUCAGUAGCCACAACCCCUCACACUCCAACUGCUCCGAAUGAGCCGACGCCUCUCAGCAAGGAACUAGCGGAUGUCCACGCCACCGAGAAGGUCAAACCCUUAGAGCCUGAAACCAAUGAUGGAAAACUAGGAGAUCUGCACUUCAAGCUGUGGUAUGAAAAUGUAAAGAGUGCUUUGGUGGUGUCAGUGGUUUCUUGCCAGAAUUUGCCAGGUCGUGAACCAGCUGGUCCCGACCCUUAUGUUAAACUUCAACUCCUUCCUGAGAAACAGCACAAGGUCAAAACUAGAGUGGUGCGCAAAACCCGUUGUCCAGUGUACGAUGAGGACUUCACGUUCUAUGGAAUCGCUCCGCAUCAGCUUACUGGCAUCACUUUGCACUUUGUUGUUCUUAGCUUCGACAGAUAUUCCCGUGACGAGAUAAUAGGCGAAGUGGUCUCUCCAUUGUCCACACUCCAAUUGCAGAGUGGUGAAGCUAUGGCUCUGUGCAGGGAGAUACAGCCUCGUAGUCUUAAGAUGCGAAGCGUGGGUCGUGGCGAAGUGUUGGUAUCCCUGUGCUGGCAACCGGCCGCCGCAAGACUCACUGUGGUACUGCUGAAGGCACGCAAUCUGCCCAAGAUGGACGUCACUGGACUCGCUGAUCCAUACGUAAAAAUGUACCUGCUAUACAACGGACAGCGCAUCGCAAAGAAGAAGACACACGUGAAGAAGCGAACCUUGAACCCCGUGUUCAAUGAGUCGUUCGUGUUCGAAGUACCCGCUGCACCAAACGCUACAUUGGACCACGUCUCGCUGGAACUGCUUGUGUUGGAUUGGGACCGAGUCACUAAGAAUGAGGUGAUCGGUCGCGUAGAACUCGGGGCUAACGGGACAGGCAGCGCCCGGCACCACUGGCGCGAAGUGCAGGCCGCACCUCGGCGACAGAUUGCUGACUGGCACAAGCUUAAGGAGUAAAGGGCAGGCUAUAUAUAACAUUCUUCACUAUUUAAUUGUUUUAAUUUUAUUUAGUGGGCAAACUUAAAGGUUUGGUUACAACAGUUUUAUUACAACGCGUCUUCAUCUUGGAAAAAUGUAUGUAAAAACGAAAGUUUCUUUACGGAAACUUAUCAAGGGUUAAAGCAUAAAACAAAAUAUAUAUAAAUAAAUGAUGUUCUAUUGGAAUAAAUCACGCAUCAAAAAUUGUAUACAUUAAAAGUUAAAAGUCAAUUGCCUCACAAUAUAACUACCAUGACAAUUGACACAGUAUUUGUCUAUUAAGAGCCGAUCCUCACACUGUAACCGUUUACAGUUUUUUCUCGGACCAACUAUAAACGCCCUCAAUAUAGCCUUCUUUAUUUCAGUUUAACAUAUAUACUUUCUUUAAAACAUUCUUCACAAAACAAAGAAAAACUAGUUAGUGCUUUAGCCCUUGCUGAGUAAAGGAAAUGGGAAAUAAAAUUAUCAACAACCACUAGUUUCCGAGCGAUUAAUUUCUCUUUAUACUUUAAACCAUUUGUAAAUAGUUGCUUCUGAUUUAGGCUUUUCAAAAGCUUAUUUUUUUCUAUAUUUCCUUUUUUAAUAAAAUGUAGUUAAUAGAAAUUGAUGUUUAUACGAAAUUAUCACAUAGUAUUAAUUCGGCCAAAACCUUAUCAUUAUUGCAACGAAAAAAUAGAUUUUUUUGUUAAAAACUUUGGUUUAAUUUGUAUAGCACAGGUUUUCCAAAGAAUUAUCAGAUGUUAGGUUAAUUUUUACAAGCGCACAUUUCAUUUCCCUCACUCAAGGCGCUCUUAGAAUGGUACAAUAAAUAGAAAAAAAACACUAAUUUAUUUCAUAACUAAACGCCGUUCAUAAGUUCUAAAUCAUCAUAUCUAGUAAUACUCAAAUAAAUUAUAAAUAGAAUAGAAAAGUCUAUUUUAUACUUAUAGAGAUAUUAAUGUUAGCAUAAGUCACUCGUAAGAGUUUUUGGUCACGUGUACCUUAAUGUCUAGCAAUUCACAAUAGAUCGCUUUGCCCCAGACCACAGUAGUUCAUCCUGAACAGUCUUUGCGAAAUUUGUUGGGUUAAAUAAUAUAACAUUCUAGAACUAUCUAUAUAUGAAAAAAAUAUAUAUUAGUUGCCUUUUCGUCUUCAUUACAGUCGCAUUUGAUUUUGAAAAUGAUAAAUUUUUUUAAAACGUUACGUCAUUAUUAGAUGAUAUGCAAUAUAUUAAUACGAUCUUUAAUACUUUUUCAAACCAUGGUAGUGUUGAUUCAUAAGUUCUCUGAGAACGGAUCUCAUACUGGAAAUUACACUCAACAAAGUUUGCAUAGACUUACUAGAUAUAAUUCAUAUUAAUGUAAACAUAAGGUAAGAUAAUACAAUAAUACCAACUUUCCAUUUACCCACCAUACUCUAUAUAAAGUAAUAUAAUUAUAAAUCAUAAAGUCGUAAUUAUCUUUUUUUUUUUGGCAAAAAGAAGUUUUUGCUCUUCCCACAAUUUUGUGAUUUUUCUUUGUAUAACAUUAUUUUUCAACAUCGAAAGUUGAGCUGUCAUUGUUUCCUACCAUUAUUCAAAGUUGAUAGUCUUGCGUUAUAUUUGGAUUAAAGGAAUAUUUGUAUAUAUUAUAUAUCCAUACCGAUACAUUCCAAUUUGUAUAUAAGUCGUUUUGAUCUCGAUAAUUUCAUUGUAAUCGUAGUAUAAAUGUCUUUAGUAUUAAUUUUUUUGUUGUAUUUCGUAUUGUGGUAGAUGUAAUCACGAUUAUGUUCGAAUAUACGAUUAGCCAAGGUAUUAAGAUAUAAUAAUCUGGCAUCUACGUGAUUCUAUUGAUUUGUUAUUGUUUUUAAGAAAGUGGUUUGUUUUUCAUUCUUAAUCUCAUGGUAAAUCACAAUAAAGGAGCGUAAAUCCUUAGGAUCUAUCAUACGUAUAUUUUAUGAAUUGUCAUAGUUCCUUAAUAAAGUUUUAGUCAUUUAGAUCUUGCAUAUGAUUAUUACUAAAGGUUUAUUUUUAUCAUAUUUAACCGAUGUUUUGUUAUUAUAACUUAUUAACAUAGUUCCUUUAAUUUCUUUCAUAUUUCUAUGUGAACCUGUUAUCUACUUUGUAUGUAAUUGUUUUUAAAUUGAAUUAUUAAAGAUAUUUUCCGACACAGGUGCAAUAAAAUUUUUUUUAAUCGUUUUUUUGAUAAAACCUAAGGGUUUCGGAGGCCAGCAGUCCGGUAUCAGUUUUUGUAUACUAAGGAAUUUUAGUGAUUAAAUUAUUGACUG